AUGGCGACCUCCACCACGAACAAGUCCCGUUUUCAACGGUUUAAACAUGCCUUUUCAUCGCCUGCCGCAUUCCACCAGGCCCUGAUCCUCAAGAGCUCAACGUCGAUCCUAAUCAACGAGGACCUCGCCCCUUCUCCUCCUGCUCGGCACACGUGGACCGUAUGGAGCUUUUUUGCAUACUGGUGGUCUGAAUCGUGGAAUGUGUCGACAUGGUCCGUUGGUGCAUCAUUCAUCGCGCUGGGGGCGACCAUCCGCGAUGCGCUCCUCGUGGUGUUCUUCGCGAACCUUCUCUCAGCAGUUGUGAUCGUGUUGAACGGCCGAGCCUCAGCUAGGUACCAUAUCGGAUAUCCGGUCCUGUCUCGUUCUAGCUUUGGCAUCAGGGGAGCAUACUUUGUUGUUGUGCUGCGUUCUAUCCUGGGCAUCAUCUGGGGCGGAGUCCAGCUCUACUUUGAAGGACAGUUUAUCUCGGUGUGCUUGCGAUGCAUCUUCCCCGGCUGGGAACGAAUCCCCAACAGCAUCCCUGAAAGUCAACACAUCACGACCCAAGUGAUGGUUGGAUUCUUCUUCGCCUUCCUGUUUACGAUCCCCUUUCUCUUCAUCCAUACAUCCAAGAUUCAGCAUCUGUUCAGCGUCAAGUCGGUCAUCAUGCCCCUUGCCGGCCUGGGCAUAGUAAUAUGGGCGACAACAGAGAACGGCGGAGUGUCUUCAGGCGCCAUUCAGAAUUCCACAUCACGACCUUCGACCUCCGUGCUGGCCUGGGGCAUUAUCUCACAAUUUAACGCAGUGAUGGGCGCAAAUUCCGCAUUACUUGUCACCGUGCCCGAUUUGGCUCGAUAUUCCAAGACAAAGAAUGCUCAACUGUGGGGCCAAUUGAUCAGUCUGCCAAUUGGCCAGACUCUUUGUGCCUCGUUUGGUAUUAUAUCAACGUCUGCCAUACUAAACCUGUAUGGAGAAGCAUAUUGGAACCCUUACGACCUCUUGAAUCGUAUCCUUGACGAGUCAUAUACUUCAAAAGCGCGUGCUGGCGUGUUCUUUGCCUCUGCAAGUUUCGCAUUUGCGACCCUCGGCACAUCCAUCGCUUGCAACUUCAUCCCCUUCGCUGCUGAUGUGACAUGUCUUCUCCCCAAAUAUAUCAAUAUUAUCCGUGGCCAAUUGCUGUGCCUGGUCAUCGCAUUUUCAAUUGUCCCAUGGCGUAUCGUAGCCACGGCGAAUGGAUUUCUCAAUUUCCUUGGAGGAUACUCAAUAUUCCAAGGACCCGUAGUUGCAGUGAUGCUCAUCGACUACUUCAUCCUUCGGCGAGGCAACCUCAACCUGAUCGACCUGUUUACCCUCUCAUCCGAAGGUCGCUACUAUUUCUUCCACGGCUUCAAUCUCCGUGCGUUCGCAGCCUUCGUCAUCGGUUUCUUGCUUCCUCUCCCGGGGUUUGCCGCCAGCUUCGGCCACGAUAUAGACAUCGCCGCCACUCACAUGUAUUCGUUGGGGUGGUUGUUGAGCUUUUUGAUGGGUUGCCUGUCAUAUUAUGUCAUCUGCUCGGUGUGGAAACUCCCAGGCGAUGAUGGAAAGCAUGCUUUUGAGGCGGAGGUGGAAUCUGCAGAGCAAAUCAUCAUGGAUGGCCUUCACGCGGACAACGAAAGUCAUGGAAGCGCUGCAAGCAUUGGCUCAGAGCAUGUCAAGGACCGGGAGGCUGUGGAGAAAUUGACCUAG